CGCAAGCGCGCACGGUGAGCGGAGCGGCAUGGCGUCGGUGGCGCUGAGCGAGGCUGAGAAGGUCUACAUAGUUCAUGGAGUGCAGAUAAAAUACAAGAUAAAUGCCGGGCAGUGAUGGCGCACACCUUUAAUCUCAGCACUCAGAGGCAGAGGCAGGAGGAUCUCUGUGAGUUCGAGGCCGGCCUGAUCUACAGAGAAGACCUUCGGGUGGAUGGCCGUGGCUGUGAGGACUACCGAUGUGUGGAGGUGGAGACAGAUGUGGUGUCUAACACCAGCGGGUCUGCCAGAGUCAAGCUGGGUCAUACAGACAUCUUGGUGGGAGUGAAGGCAGAAAUGGGAACACCGAAACUGGAGAAGCCAAAUGAAGGCUACCUGGAGUUCUUUGUUGACUGGUCAGUACCGUGCAGGUGGUUUGCAAGGAAGAGGAGUGUGGGGGAUGCCACUCAGUGGCAGAGUGCUUGCAUAGCACGUGGGAGGCAUUGGGUUCUAUCUCUGCCUCCCAUUGGAAAAACAAAGAUUGAAAGAUGAAGAUUCAGGGCGUGA